GAAACUCAACACAACCCGUAGACAUAUUGUUUAACUUGUAACUGAGUGAGGCGUAGCUAAGGAUGAGUACUUAAUGCGUGAAAGCAAGUGAAGGACAGAACAAGUCUGCUACGUCGCAAACAUGAACAGACAAGACUCUUAUAGGCCAAGCAGAACCAAAACCCAUCAUAUCUGUGACCUGUGUACUGAAGAACUGAAGGAUUAUUUCUAUAACCCAUAUAAUAACUUCUGCAAACAUGUGCUUUGCCAAUGUUGCAUCACAAAGUACCAAGCCAUCUUGGGAAACAAAUGCCCAACAUGCUACUUCAACAAGCCUCAACAACUGGUAUCGGUAAACAGGACUGGACAAUUACAUCUACACGAAUCUGCAGUAGAGAGAUGUUUCUUGAAAUGUGACAACCACCCAGUCUAUGUGAUUAGCGUGAUUGGAAAAAGACGAACAGGAAAAUCAUUUCUAAUGAAUUGUCUUAUGAACAUACUUCGUAAUAUGGAGAAGAGAGAUCAUGAUUUAAAAGAAGAUGAACCCCUGAAUGGUUUCCGAUGGGGGUCUGGCACUGAUAUUGUCACUGAGGGUAUCUGGAUUUGGGGUAAACCCUUCCUUCUGGAGAACAACGGACAGAAGAUGGCUGUAUUUCUUCUGGACACUGAAGGCGCUGAGAAUGAAGCAUAUCAUGAAAGUGCAAGCAUGAAGCUUCAUGUAUUAACCAUGAUGAUCAGCUCUCACCUUGUGUACAAUGUGAAAGGCAAUGUGCAAGAGACAGACAUAAACUAUCUUGAGAUUUACUAUGAUCCAUUGGAAGACGAUCCAUACUAUCCAUUCUUUGAAUUAAAGUAUGUUGAUGUCUUGGUUCGGGAUCGGCUUGAAGGUGAGGACGUUGGAGUACAUUUUUCAACAACCUAUAUUAAAGAAGAAAUACAGAAACUUGGGAGAAGGAAUAUGAAAGGUGUUUUAAACAUGGUGGAAGAAAAAACAGUCCGAUGUUUCCUAAUGCCAUAUGCUGGCAAUGCCAUAAUAAAAGGUGAAAAUGCAAGGCUGAGAGAUAUGAAUGAAGAUUUCAAAAAACAUUUAGGAAUGUACCUGUUGGAGGUGGUACGGAGAGCCCAGGGCUGCACUUCUGUUAUGACAUGUCAGAAGAUGGCUGCAAAGUUGAAGGUGUGCAUGGAGUAUGUACAAAAUGAACGCUAUUGCUCAAGUCCUUUAGAGCUGUGCAACCACCUCAAAAUUCAAACUGAAAGGAAAACUGCAGACGAAAUGACAAGAAUGAAAAUCGAGUUUCAAAAUGUUCUUCGGGAUCAGACAUGGUGGAGAUUACCAAAACAAAUGUCAACUCUGGUUACUGAAAAGACCACAGAGAUUAUGAAAACAUUUCAAGAGCUACCCCUACUAAUCAGAUAUGAUCAUCAAGAAUUAUUGCUAACAACACUGAAACAACAACUAAAGGAGGAAGGAGACAACUUUUGUGCAACUCACAAAAGUGGUCUAAUGCAUACCGGAGUCAAAGCUAUUGUACAUGUGGGACUGGCAGCUGCUGUGACAGCUGCAGCACCAUUACUGCUUCCAGCGGCGGCACCGGCAGCAGCAGUAGGCUGGUUUUCGUCAGUUGGAGGAUGGUUUUCAGCUGCGCCUGCAGCGCCUGCAGCAGCUGCAACAGUGUCAGAAUUUGUAUUAGGGGCGGUUGCUGGGGGAGGGGCCGUGCUUCAAGCAGGUGCUGCACUUGUGAUGAGAAGGAUUUGGUAAUUUGUUGUGUGACAAGAGAAUGAUUACGGCAAGGAAAUAAAUACCAAUAAUCAUUCUCAUUCUGCAAAUUAUACUUCAACAUAAAAUAAUGUAUCUCAAAUAUUAUUAUUAUUUUACAGGAUUUAUAUAGUGCUAAAUAUAGUGAAUUGCUAUUAUAUUUCAAACAAAAACAGUGAUGUUCAAAAGAAGAAACGUAAUAAACGCAAAUAUGGAAAAUUA